AGACUGCUGUGAUUUUACUACAUUUUGGAGGCAAAAAUGCCUGGGAAGAGGUCCCUGAAUGUAGCGGUCUUCCCAAGUGCCAAAAGGGAACGGAAAGCAAUUACCCUCGACAUAAAAUUGGAAGUGUUAAGACGAUUUGAAGUGGGUGAAAAGCUCAGCCAGAUCGCAAAGGCCUUAGGCCUCGCUGUUUCUACAGUGGCUACAAUCCGAGAUAAUAAAGAAAAAAUCAAAGCGAAUUCACAAAUAGCUACUCCUUUGAGAGCCUCCCGGUUGACUCGCCAUCGAAGUGCAGUCAUGGAGACCAUGGAGCGCCUGCUGCAUGUGUGGCUUGAAGAUCAGAGCCAGAGAAACGUGCCCCUGAGUGUCACCAUUAUUCAGGAGAAGGCUAAGAGUUUGUUUGAUGACCUACAGCGUGAAAGAGGAGGAAGCUCUCAAACAGAAAAGUUUAGUGCAAGUAAAGGGUGGUUUGUGAGAUUCAAGGAGCGCCAUUGUUUGCCCCACUUCAAGAUGAACAGCACAGCUCCUGGAAACAAGGAUGUAUAUCCAGAAGUACUGAGGAGCAUCAUUGAAGAAGGUGAGUACACCCCUCAGCAAGUUUUUAAUGUAGAUGAGACAGGGCUGUAUUGGAAGAGAAUGCCUGAAGGAAUGUUUAUUUCUGUGGAAGAGCAAGCUGAGCCAGGUUUUAAAUCUUCCAAAGAUCGCUUGAUGCUGCUUCUUGGUGGUAAUGCAGCUGGGGACUUUAAGUUGAAGCCCUUACUGGUGUACCACUUGGAAAAUCCCAAGGCUCUGCAAGGGUACUCCAAGCCCAAUUUGCCUGUGAUUUGGCGCUCAAACAAAAAGGCAUGGGCAACCAGGAGCAUCUUUCAGGAAUGGUUCACAUACUUCUUUUGCCCUGCCGUUGAAAAGUACUGUGCCCAAAAUCAUCUCACCAACAAAGCGUUGCUCAUCCUAGACAGUGCACCAUGCCACCCAGUAAAUCUGGGUGAUCUGUCUGAUAAUGUAAGAGUGGAGUAUCUUCACAGCAGUACAGCUGACUCAGUCCAGCCCAUGGGUCAAGGCAUAACCUCUACCUUCAAAGCUCAUUACGUGAGAAGAACUUUUGAGCACAUUCUAGAAGCAACAGAUGGAGAGGAUACAGCCAUGAUCAGGGAGUUUUGGAGAAACUACAGCAUCAUGGAUGCUGUAGACAACAUUGCAGUAGCUUGGGAGGAGCUCAGACCAGCAACAAUGAACAGUGUGUGGAAGAAGAUUUGGCCAGAGUGUGUUCAGUUCCAGAGUGUUUCCCAAACAGAUAACAUUGCACAGCUUCAACAAAAUAUUGUAACCCUUGCCAAGAAUGUGGCUUUUGAAGAGGUUGUAGAAGCUGAUGUGGACCAGUUGCUGAGGUCCCACGAGGAAGAUCUCUCAAAUGAGGAGCUGAUGCAGCUGGAACAGGAGCCUGCAGGAGAGGAGGAGAGUGAAGAUGCUCCACCUGCCCUGCGCCAGUUAACCACAGGAGAGCUGUCAGCAGCCUUCUCACAUUUCGAGGCAGGCUUGCAAGUCCUUACCAGUAACAGCCCUGAUGACGAGUGGAAACUGCAAGUUUCAAGAGCAAUCAAUGAUGCAAUAAACUGCUACAGGGACCUGUACAAGGAGAAAAAGCGACGCUCAAAGCAACUCUCUUAGGUCAGUUUUCAGUGGUGUAACCAAACGUUCAUCAAAAUACAGCCAGAUGCAACAAGAUGACCUCAAGGGAUGAGGCCUAGCCAAGGCUCUCUACUUCCAAGAUGCUUUACAACUCUGUUUCUGGUAUUUUCAUUUUGACACUUGAGAAUAUCAAAUUUUGUCAUUAAAGUUUCAUUUAAAUAUGUGCUUUAGGGGCGCCUGGGUGGCUCAGUCGUUAAGCGUCUGCCUUCGGCUCAGGUCAUGAUCCCAGGGUCCUGGGAUCGAGCCCUGCAUGGGGCUCCCUGCU